AUGCAGUUGACUGAAGUUGUGUAUGGCUACUUUUCCACUCUGUACCAGUACAUGCGCUCUGUGUGGCCAGUGAGUUUGGUCUAUGAGUAUCUCCUGGUGCCACCUUCCGAAGAAACCACACAGUCAGUUUUAACCAUAAUUUCUCUUCUGAAGUGCUCUGAGGACAAGUUGCCAGAGACUUUUAAAUUGCUGAAGUUGCUGCCAAAAGAUGAAGAUUGGCAGAAUAUUGUUGAUAAAGUGACUGGGUAUGACAUCCUUCAACUUGCUGUUUUAGCCAGACAGAAAGAUGUUAUUCAGUUCCUCUUAUCCAGUGGAUGUGAUCCAGACAGAUACACAUGCAGCCCACCUGUUCAUCUUGCAGCCUUUACUGGGCAGGAAAACCUGCUCCAGUUGUUGCUGGAUUCAGGAGCUAAGGGCAACUUGAGACGAGGCAUCUGCUAUCCAAAGCCGCAUGUACCAGUUUCCUGUGAGGCUCGUUACUUUGGAUUUGUCCAGCAUCCGGUGUACUUGUGUGGGACACAGCGGCUGACUCCAGUCCAGUGUGCCAUUCAUCAGAAUCAUUUGCCAUGUGUUCAGACAAUCUUAAAGAAAGAGGGAACUGGCAAGAAAAGCCUAUCCCCCCAUGUUUUGCUGAUGUAUGCAUGCACAGAGGGGGCAUCAGAUUGUAUCCAGUACUUUGUGGAUAACUAUCCAGAGUGUAUAAACAGUUAUUUACAGGGAGACACCCCUCUACUGGCUGCAGUUCCCUGGGGAGAGAAGUGUGCUACCAUCCUACUGAACAGUGGUGCGGAUGUCCACCUGAAAUCAGAAGGCAUCCAGGAAACAGCCCUACAUCGAUUGUACAGACAGAAUAUUGAUGGGCUGUUCACAAUUUAUGACACAACCAAAUAUUUGCUGACUACCGGCCUUGAGCAGGAGGUGAAUGCUUACACCCACCUUGGAGAGACACCCUUGCACAUGCUGGUGUCUCAUGUGUCCUACACUGGAGGCAAUUAUGUCGAUCCUCAGAGGCAGAUCUCUCGGGCAAAACUCCAGGAGGGCUACCAGUCUCAGGUGUUGGCAGCCAUCCAGCUACUGCUUGAGUUUAAUGCUGACCCGCACCUGCUGAACCGACCAGGCCUGACCUCACUCAGUCGCAUGCUGCACAUUGGUCUCAAAGCUGUCCACUCCUGCGAUCCCUGCGAAUGUGUCUGCUCAUCCCAACCGGACAUCUUCAUUCAAGAUUACCGCCAUGAUUACAGAAACCUGGCCAGGGCAUUGGAAAUAUUGCUGAAGUUUGGGUCAGAGGUCAACUUUGCUUGUAGUGUAGGCCACACCCCUUUGAUCCUGAUGCUGCAGAUCCUUGUGUACGAUGACCUGGCCAACGUCUGCUGCCAGCACAGAGAGGUACUUGGGGCCCUGCAGGUGCUGCUACAGAAUGGGGCCAAACCCAACAUCAGUGACGGGGACAGAGGAACAGCCUAUAGUUUAAUUUCAGCAAUGUGCAAGCGAUGUUUUCAAGCCAGGUACCAGGAUGACAACCCCAACAAUCCUUGUCAGUCUCUGCGGCAACAGUUUGCUGAAAUCAUCAAUGAUGUCAUGGCCCUGCUACUCCAGCAUGGGCUGGAACCCAACUACAUCACCACCAAACUGGCACAUCACUUCAGUGGCGGGGCUGGCAAUGGUCUGAUAGAGAUUGUCAAACUAGCUGGUAUAGCAGUAUCAUCAUUUGAAUUUGAGCUCAUCGAAAAGUGGAUUCGAACUCUCCUGCAGUGGGGAGCUGAUCCAGAUCUUGAACCCUAUCCAUCUGAACCAAUCAUCUGUCACUGCCAAAGCUCAAUCUUUCUCAAGAAGCUGGGCACACAACCAAUUGGUCUUUAUAUACAUGAGGUGAAAGACAAGGAGAACCUGAAGAAUGACCCAGUGGUACAACGAGUCCUCAUGAUGUUCUACAGCAGUAUGAACCAUGCCAGCCUCCACGAAAGUCUCAGCUCCACCAAGAGCUUCAUCCACCUUCAGCCCAGCAGUGCCGGAACAUCCUGCGUCUCCGGGCUGUGUGAUGGUAGCAUCAGCUUCCUUAUGCUGGUCGGGGCCAUGAGUGAGCACCCUCGUUCCCUGAAGGAAAUCUCCAGGGUAGUCAUCUACAAAUCCCUCAACCGGCAGCUGGCCAAGAAGGUAGACAGUUUACCCCUGCCUGCAGUUGUGAAGCGGUACCUGCUGGAUGUGUGCUCAUGA